AUGCAGAAUUCGACGCACUCUCCUCCUCUGGUGCUUCACCUGACGUUCGGCACAAUUUCCGAUAUUAAUUAUGUCUACGGGGUGAUAUCACUGGUUGGCUUUCUGAUGAUCAUUUUAUCUAACUUCACAGUAGUAUCCACAGUAUAUUUAAACCAGAGUUUGCACCAGCCCAUGUAUGUUUUUAUAUCUGCCCUCUGUACCAAUGGUCUUUAUGGAAGCACCUCCCUUUUCCCCAGCUUGAUUGUAAACCUGUUUCAUAAGACUCAAAUCAUUUCCUAUGCAGCCUGUAUCAUGCAAAUUUUCUGUAUCUAUUCCUAUGUGUCAUGUGAGAUGAGCAUACUAACGGCCAUGGCCUAUGACCGCUAUGUGUGUAUAUGCAAUCCGUUGAGGUACGCCACCAUUAUGACCCUAACUAAGGCAUUCAAGAUCAUUAUUGGUGUGUUGCUUUACUCUUUUAUCAUAAUCCUUGUGCAUAUUAUACUGACAAUGCGACUUCCUCUUUGUGAUAAUGUCAUCCUGAAAAUCUACUGUGAUAACUGGUCAUCGGUACGACUCUCCUGCAUUGAUACAACACUGAACAAUGUCUACGGUCUGUUUUUUACUGUAACCAUGUUAGGGGUGAUGCCGUUGCUGGUUGCUUUAUCUUACGUUCAGAUUUUGAAGGUUUGUACAAAGUCAAAGAACAAUCAAUCCAAAGCAAUGCAGGCCUGCUCCCUCCACCUUUUAACUCUGUUAUACUACUUGGUUAUAUCUUCACACACUGUUUUAGCCUACCUACUAUCCCCCAAUAGGAUAGGGACCACCUCUGUCUCCGAGCACGCUUAG